AUGGCCCUCACUGCCAAGUUUGUGCGGCCGGUGUUAUUCACUGUGUUUGGCAUCAAUGUCUACGUCUAUGGCCUUUGCAUGGCGAUCGCUUUCAUGGUCACGUAUUCCCUAGGCGUUAAGGAAAUCAGUAGAGUUCACCUGAAAGUCAACCCGUCGAUCCUAGUGUUGUGUGCUAUGCUUGGGGGCCUCGUUGGAGCUAGAGUGCACUAUGCGUUGACUUGUGAUAGUAGUGCGCUGUUCGCCCUCAAUACGGGUUUGUCCUUCCAGGGUGGCCUUAUCGGGGGCAUCAUUGCUACUACAGUAUAUACCCGAUACUGUUGUCAGGAGUCUGUGGGCAGAAUGCUAGAUGUGUUAGCACCUCUGUUGAUGCUAGGACAUGCCAUUGGUAAGGUAGGCUGUUUUCUAUCUGGUGAUGGCUGCUAUGGACCGCCUUCUGAAGUGCCUUGGGCCAUGAGCUUUCCCAACGGCUUAGUGCCAUCCCUUUUUCCUGUUCACCCAACACCACUCUAUGAAAUGGUCACCUCGGGCUUGAUCGCGAUGGCUUUAUGGCAACGACGAAAAGAAGAUAUCCCUAUGUGGACUCAGUGCUCGGAUAUGCUCAUGCUCCUAGGGCUCGCACGGUUCUUCAUAGAGUACUUCCGGUCGUACGACGCUGUAGAGGGGUUGAAUAUAGACCAGUACCAGAUGGUAGCUGUCGGCCUCGUCAUGGCGGGCGCGGUCAUCCACUGGACGCUCGGUGGGGAAGUCUCGGGUUCGAUUCCUGGUAGAGUCAUUUUUUUCUCAGAAAAGAAGGCUGAUUGA